AUGGCGGAGCCCGGGCAGCGGCCGCGCGGCCCCCCUGGAGCCCCGCGCGCAACGCCCGGAUCCCCGGCAGAACCGCUCCGGGGUCCCUCCGGGCGCGCGCGCUCCGAGCCCUCCGCACUGCGCCCCAAGACCCCCGACGCGCCCCGCACUCAGCCUCCCGGGGCUCGGCUAAGCCCCGGUGAAGGGGCGCCCCCUCUCCCGACAGUCGGAGCCCCGCCCCCGAGGGGACCCCAAAGGGGGUCCCCCCGCUCCCCGAGCGCGCACCCCGCGGGGCCCCCCAGCAGGAUGCACGCCGCCCUGGCCGCCGCCGCCGGGCCGCUGCUCGCCGCCCUCCUGGCCAUCGCCCGCGCUCGCCCGCAGCCGCCCGACGGAGGACAGUGCCGGCCGCCCCGAUCGCAGAGGGACCUCAACUCGUUCCUGUGGACGAUCCGACGUGACCCCCCAGCCUACCUGUUUGGCACCAUCCACGUGCCCUACACCCGCGUCUGGGACUUCAUCCCCGACAACUCCAAGGCAGCCUUCCAGGCCAGUGCCCGUGUCUACUUUGAGCUGGACCUCACUGACCCUUACACCAUCUCAGCACUGGCCAGCUGCCAGCUGCUACCCCACGGUGAGAACCUGCAGGACGUGCUGCCCCGGGAGCUCUACUGGCGGCUGAAGCGCCACCUGGACUACGUGAAGCUGAUGAUGCCCUCAUGGAUGACACCGGCCCAGCGUGGCAAGGGGCUUUAUGCCGACUACUUAUUCAACGCUAUUGCGGGCAACUGGGAACGCAAGAGGCCCGUAUGGGUGAUGCUCAUGGUCAACUCACUCACCGAGACUGACGUGCGUUCCCGAGGGGUGCCCGUGCUGGACCUCUACCUGGCCCAGCAGGCCGAGAAGAUGAGGAAAAGCACCGGCGCUGUGGAGCGAGUAGAGGAACAGUGCCAUCCACUCAAUGGACUCAACUUCUCACAGCCUCUGAAGCUCAUAUUAUCGGUGUUUGCGCCCUGUGGCUCGCUGCCACCCAGCUCAUGUUGGAGGCAGAGGAAUCUGACGAGGCACUACGGCAGCAUGCAGGCCCUCUGGUUAAACAGCCCCUGCCUUUAA